AAGUGUGGUGUAUUCUGGGAAAAGUCCAAGAUGGCGGAAGCUGCUUCGUGAGCGCGUGCGUUCUGGAGCACGGGAAAUAUUACGGGCUCAAUGGCGGCGCCCUGGCUGCUCCUGACGGCCGCUCGGGGCCUGGUGGGGCGGAGUUUCUUUUCUCUCCAGCCCUUUAGGCCGUCCACUUCGGGAAUCCCACACUUAAUACGUGUGAAAGAACCUCCCAAUCCCAAAACUGUUGAUAGAUGGACAGAAAAACGAGCUUUAUUUGGGAUCUAUGACAACAUUGGAAUUUUGGGAGACUUCGUGGCCCACCCCAAGGACCUGAUUGUAGGCCCCCAAUGGUUACGUGGCUGGCGUGGCAAUGAGCUGCAAAGGUGCAUCCGUAAGAAGAAAAUGGUGGGUGACCGGAUGUUUGUGGAGGACUACAAGAAUCUGAACAAGAGGAUAAAAUUUUUAUACAAGCGCUUCAACCGCACUGGGAAGCAUCGCUAAGAAUGCUACAUGUGGAAUGGCAGAUUUGUGAAUGUAUUCCAAUUAUUUUAUCCUGUUACUGUGUUGAGGGCAUUGCCCCUUCUUUUUCUUCUUCUUGUUUCUGUGAAUUUAUCAUAUGAAAUUUGAUGUCUGAAUUUACUAACAUAAUACAUGUUUUCAAACUGG